UAUUAAAUUGUUUAUAAGUUUAUUUACCGAAUCGAGCUGUUAUGACAAACUUGUAUGGAGCCACGACAUGCAUUCUAUAUAGCAUGAUUCGGCUAGAUUUUAUACCACUCCAUAAUAAAAACAACUCCAGACAAACUUACACAUAACCAUUGACUUCAGUACAUAUUGCACAAGCACUAUUUGCCUAAAGUCGCUUCCCCUACACAAGAAUACACAAAACGUUUGUCUGGUAAAAAAUAGCCACACUCCCACGCUUAUGCAGUUGCUAUGGUCACCAUAAAAUCUUCCGGUUGCUAAGGCCGAAUUUAAAAUAUGGACGUCCAAUUUUAUUAGUUUGCGGACGGGGUAGAAGUCGGGAUUUGAGUGGUUUUUUAGAGCGACUUGUGACACUGUAGCUGUUUAAAGAAAUGGCUGAAUCGUAAGUAAAAGCUUAGCAGUCCUUUGAAGUCAUUUCACAGUGAUUUUUCACACUUAAUGUUUGUUACGAUUUGUUUAGAGUUAAAGUCGCCGUUCGUGUGCGUCCCUUCAAUUCAAGGUAAAUUUAAAUGCCCAAUUUCUUUUUUAUCUGUACCAUUAGUCUGCAACCUGUAUUAUAUUUUCAUAUAGGGAAAAGGACCGAAAUUCAAAAUGUUGUAUCGACAUGCCGACCAAAACUAUGACUCGAAUACAAGACCCCGAAAACCCAGGUACCCGCUUGAAAUACUUGAACCGUUGAAUGUAACAAAUAAAUGUUAUAUUUGCAACUGUUCAAAUUCGGGAAAUUUCGAAUCAAAUUCUAUCAUGUUCUUAGAAAUAUUAAAGUAAAAUAUUUGUACUUAUAAUACUUUUUGUCGUUGUUGUUUUAGACCAACCACCGAAGGAAGUAAGUGAAUUCUGUUUAGUUAUAAAUUUUAGAGUGAAUUCUAGUGAACUAAUUCCUUGUCGACAAGAAUAGAUUUUCACACCGUACAUAUUAAAGUCGUUAAAUAAAUGUAUGAUAAUUCUAAUUUCAAUUACCGCUUGCAUUGAUAUUCUAACACUGUUAUAUUAAUUUAUUUCAGUUCACAUUUGACUUUUCAUAUUGGUGAGUGUGUCCAAAGUUUGCAGACAUUAACAAAUAUAUGCAAAUAUAUACUCAUUUGUUAUAUUGUGGGUUUGUAUAUGAAUAUUACACGUUGUUCAAAUAUAUAUUAUAUCAAAUAUAUAGGUCUCAUGAUGGCUACGAAGUCACUGCGGAAGGCAUGUGUGUCGGUACAAACCCAAAAUACGCAGAUCAAAGAAACGUAUUUGACGAUCUUGGACAAGGGGUGCUCAACAAUGCAUUCAAAGGUGCCAAUUAGAAAUUAUUCAUAAACGCGUAUUUUAGCCUAUAUAAAGCUCUUUAUGCAUAAGCAAGCUUUCACAAAUGAGAUUUUACUUAAUAUGCUUGUUAUCCUAACAUUUAAAGUAAUCUCUUAAAGCUGUUUUCUGAGCGCCCAGCUACCUCAAUGCUAAAUUUAAAAUGCUAUAUUUAAAUUUGCAUUCGGGCAAUAAUGCAUCUAUAAUCGGUUUUCUUUGAGUUAAUUAGUGCUAUUUAAUAGGGUGAAAAUAAUUCAUACUUUACAAUAGACCUGCUGAAUAUGGUUUAUAUUUAUGUAUUUGGAAAGAGACACUUAUUCCUACUUGCCUUGUUUUUGAUGGAUUUUUUGAUAGUCUAAGAGUUUCAUUCACAAGUUACCAAAAUUUUUGACAAACUUUUCUGCAGGCAACUUUUGGAGUCUCCAAGUCUGAUCGAACAGCUUGUAGGCCCACUUCCCCUAUUUAUACAGUAAUAUCAUUGACUCUGACAGCUGCAGAUUGAAAGAGAUAACAGCUACUUGAAAAAAUAUACAAUAAGCAGAACUUGAAAAAAUAUACUAACAGUAAGCGAAGGCCUUUCAUAAUCGGGAUGUUUUAGUUCAGUUAUUGUUUAUACUCUGUCGAUCCCUAUAUAUAAUGCUAGUACUUGGUUAUAUGGCAUUUAUAACACUGUUACAACUGUUGCAUGGACAUUGAGGCAUGAAUGAAAGGGAAACAAAAUAUGUUACAUAUUGUUGCAAUAUGUUACAUUAGUUUUACACAAUUGCAUCAUAUGUUACAAAGCAAUAUAAUUGCAUAGUGUUACUGUACAUAGUGAUAACAUAUGCACACUGUUACCUAAAAUUAUACAGUUACAUAAUUGGUACACACUGUUGACUGUUACAUAAUAUAUGCUAUUGCACAGCUGCAUGACACAGUAUUGCAUGGUUUACUUUCUCUUAAAUAGUAUAUAUAUUAAUUGUCACUUGUUAUAUAGUGUUGCAUGAUGUUACUCAAUGUUGCAUGGUGUUGAUAAUAUUGCACAGUGGGUUUUCUCUAAAAAUACAUAUGUGCAUUAUUUCCAAACUACCAUUUUUUAGCUUUAUGCAUAAUUAACUCCUUUUAGAUUAAUUUUUAAAGUUCCCAAGUUUCAUAGCAACAUUGUGUUUGAUAACAGUGUUAAGUUUGUCUUUGAUAAAUCAUAUUUAUUCCCACUUAAUUAAUCCAAAGCUGUCCUGAUUUAGAAUGAUAAUGUUGUCAUAACAAUUUCUGUACAUGCCUUAAUUAUACUGUAACAAUAGUCUUCCUGAUCUUUCCAGAUCUUUUUUGCCUUUAGUUGAUUUUUGUUUACGUUUUCAUGAUAGGACCUGACAUGACAAUACCUAGACAGUCUAUAACUUACUGUAUAAUAUAUUAUCCAUUGAACUAUAGAAGCUGUAUAAUUACUUUAUGUCUUACCAAGAUCAUUUGUCUUAUAUUGGCCUCACUGCUUACAUUAGGUAAUUGAAGCUAUAGCUUCACUAAGCCCUCUGUUUACUUAUCAGACAAUUUAACAUUACUUGGUUGUCAAGUCAGACCAGUGCAGUGUAAAUAUUUGUUGGGGUUGUUGCUUGGUUGCAAAUCUCAAAAUAAAGAAUGUUUCUAAUUCUAGAUUAAAGUUCAUAUAUAUAGUGAUAAUUUUUGUCAAAAAGUAUUGGCUAACUGUUAAAUGUUUUGAGCUUCUGUCUGCAUAAUCUAACUGCAAGUGCACGAAUGCCUUUUGCCUGCUCCGCUCAUGUGUUAUAAUAAUAAAAUAUAAAUGUUUAUGACCUGAAAUGUACCCACUUCCCCGUAGUGUUUUUCAGUGGAGUUUUGCAAUUAUAAAUUACAUCAGUACUGUAUCUUGCCAGACGAUUUUGCUCAUCAAGGCGAGAGCAAUGGCACUCAGUCUUUACAAUAAAUUUUAUUCCAUGUUUUAGGUUUUAAUUGUUCAUUAUUUGCCUAUGGACAAACCGGUGCAGGGAAGUCAUAUUCUAUGGUUGGUUAUGGACCAAACAGGUUACUUUAAUUCCUUUGUAUUCCUAAAUUACUGAAUGACCAGCAUUAACCAGUACUCCACAAGUUCUGAGAAUGUGCCAUUAACUUUUGUAAAUCCCCUAUUAAGACCCUAGCUCUCUAAUAAGCCCCCGAGUCCCCUAUUAUAAGCCCCUUUCUCUCUACUAUGAGUCCUCUCUCUAUUUAAAUAAGCCCCCUUUCUCUAAUGAGCUCCAUCUCACUAAUCACAUACCCUCUUUCUCUAAUAAGCAGACCCUCUUCUCUCUUAACCCCCUCUCUCUAAUAAGCUGUUCUCUAGCUCUAAUGAGCAUCCCUCUCUCUCUAAUAAGACACCCCCACCCCCCGCAUUUUGGAAGAACGAACUUAUUGUUAAGUCCAACUCCCUAUUAAGCCCCCACCCACUUCCUCUCUUUCUUCAAAACUGCAGAAAACACAAGUGGAAUUUCAUAUUAAUUUAAUGCAUUUCAUUCUUACUGCAUUUCGGAAAAAUUUAUAAGCCCCCUUCUCAAGUAAAUAAGGCCUCAGGGGACCUAAUAGAAGAUUUGUGGUAAAUGUUUCUUUCUGCAUUUUAGGGGUAUUGUUCCAAUCACAUGCGAUGAAUUAUUUAAGAGUAUUACUGAAAACAAAGGCAAAGGCAAUAUUGUAUGUUAAAGAAAAUAAUUCAAUAUUCUGCAUUAGUAAUGUCUUUUUGGUAACAUUAAAAUCUUAUUCUGUUUUCACAUGUUUUUACCUAGCGUUAUGAGGUGACGUUCAGUAUGCUGGAAAUUUACAAUGAACAAGUUCGGGAUUUGCUAACAAAAGACAAUCCUAAAGGUGGUUUGCAGGUAUACAAGUUUAAAACAUAGUUCGGAAAGGGGUCGUAUCCCACCCUUUUUUACAUUGAAGCCAAUGAAGCCCCCCCCCCCUCCCCUCUCGUUCGUUUAGGCACAUACUUUAGUUUAUGAACAAGCGCGCAGAAUGUGAACGCAAAUGAGAAAAAGAAACACGCAAUCAUAUAGCUCACGCAAGAUGAAAAUUCAUGACAAAUUGUCAAGUCAUUGAAAAUGGUUUCCCUAGAGAAAACUGAAACGUCAAUUCUCGGUCAAACAAGGAUGAGAGUUGCAACUUUUGCUCGCGUUUGACCGCCAACUUUCAUUCACUUUGAGCUGGUUCAAAUUUUGACGAAAGUUUUCGUUACGCGCGCGAUAAUAUCCAGUCAACUCUCAUCAACCCCCAUGCAACUCUUGUUCUCGUUUGACUGGCGCAUGAGAGUUGAUAAAACUCUCUCAUGCAAACUCUCAACUCUCAUGCAACUCUUGUUCUCGUUUGACCGGGGAAUGAGAGUUGAUAAAACUCAUGCAAACUCUCGCUUCUUAACUCUCAUUCUCGUUUGAUCAGAGCUUUACUCCCUUUAGUUUAGACAAAAUAUCUAAUUUACAGUAGAAGGUUUUAAUACAAAGCUUUCAUGGGAAGUUUUCGUGAUGAAAAUCUAUGAAUGCAUGCUCGUAGUAGAACCAUGGAUAAUAAAAUAAAUAUAAUAAAGUUAUUAUUUAUUUUAUUAUCCAUGGUAGAACCAUUACACCCACUACUCUUAAAAAAAUCUUCCGGAAAGGACGUCACCUUGGCUAUAGAGUCUCGUUUUCGUGAUUUAGACGUUGGGCUUUAACUAAGGUCGUAUAUAUACACGAAAACGAGGACGAUAGCCAAAGUGGCGUACUUCCGAAAUGGAGUACAGGGCAGGAAAAAAUAAUUUUCUUCCUGGGAGCACAUCCUGGAGACAAAAAUUUCCUGCAGACCAACGGAGUAUUUUUGUGCUAAAUCUGUAAAUCUGCAUGUGCAUAAACAUAUAGUGUUCUAGCUGACCAUGGUUUUAAAUUCAAGGAAUGUCUGUUAAACAUAUGUUCUUGCGCCCAUAGUGGGACUUGGGUGUUAAGGUUUCCUUCAAAUUUUCAAUAAAAUAGUAAAUCUUCAUUCAAACAAAUUUCCUGCAGCUGUUUAAAAUUUCCUGCGAGCAGUGCUCGUGUGCUCGUCUAAUUUUUUCCACCCGUGCAGGUGUGUUAAGAUAACCGAUUUAAAUUUUGACUACUGUUUUGUUCACUUUUCGAAGGUCCGUCAAAACCCAAAAUUGGGAUCGUUUUUCGUGCAAGGUUUGAAGAAAGUCGCCGUUGGAAGUUACAAAGAAAUCGAGAAACGAACAGAGGAAGGUCGGUUUUUUGUCCAUUUGAAUGAUUCCAACGCAAAGUUAAGAUAUUUGAGAUAAAUUUAUACUGAGCUGAUUCAAGGCCGGAUUUUGGUGGAAGUACUGGGGAAGGUGGAAAUAUAUUUAGGGGAGGUGCAGCGUCUAGCCCACGGCCCCCAUGGAAUGUUAGGACUUAAAAUAUAGCCCUCUAUUAAAGUCAACUACUUGACGUAUGCAUGCAUGUACUACACAUACAGAUAUGUUCAGUGUAUUUAUGAAUUAUGACUGUACGACUCAUCCAAUAUUGCUCUUCAUUACAUUACUACAAAGUUUAUUGUAGACUCUAAACAACGCAUAAAAAAAUAACUUUGAUCUAUCAUUUAGCCUUUCCCAAGGGGAAGUGCAUGACGUUUCAGGGGAGGUGCAAAAAAUCUCAGGGGAGGUGCUCGCCUCCCUUCAAAAUCCGGCCUUGAGCUGAUUUAAUGUCUUGUGAACGUUUUCUCCCCCAGGCACUUCAAACCGUACAGUCGCUGCAACACAGAUGAACGCCACCAGCUCGCGGGCUCAUACGGUUGUCACGGUAACAUUUGACCAGAUCAGCAAGAAUGACUCGGGACAGGAGACAAAGAAGAGCAGUACCAUCAAUCUGGUUGAUUUAGCUGGUAAGAAAAACGGAUUUGGUAGUAAACUAGAUAUUCUCCUCAAUAGCUUGUGCAGGUAAAGACACGAAAAAUCUUUGCCAUUUGCAUGUUUUGCCAUGCAGAGUGUAUUUUCCCUUAUAAGUUGUAAGAAAGUUUUCAAUCUUAAAUUAAUUGAAUGCCAUAUCUUCAUACUUUCGUAUUGUAUAUUAAAACUUAGCAGUUUUACCAGUAUUAAGGUGCUCUGUUCAUUUCUGUGGUUCAUUUUGACACAACUGCUCGUUUUGAGAGAUUGGUGUCACGUGGCCAAUCCAUGAAAAGGGCCUAUUCCAGAGGAUUUGAGCUAUGCCUGGAUGAAUAGGCAUAUCAUAUGCUAAUACACAAGACGGAAUUUACUAUAGUCAUGUGAACAUUUUGAAAAACGAGGCACUAUCCAAGUUUUUUAGAAAACUUUGAAAAGUUUAUUUUAUAACUUUAUCUCAAACGAGUUCACCAGUAUUAAUUACUUUGCAUCAAGCCUUGUGUUUUGAUCGUAAAUGAGUUUGAAAAUUUCCUUCAUAUUUUCCUUUCUUCAUCAAUUUCUCGCAGGGAGUGAAAGAGCGGACAGUACAGGCGCCACAGGUGAUCGUCUCAAAGAAGGCGCGAACAUCAAUAAAAGUUUAUCAGCCUUAGGGAACGUUAUUUCCGCCUUGGCUGACCUCUCUAUGGGCAAGAAGAAGGUCAUGGUUCCUUAUCGUGAUUCUGUUCUUACCAAGUUGCUACAAAAUGCAUUGGGUGGUAACAGUAAAACUAUUAUGAUAGCUGCUUUAUCACCUGCUGAUAUUAACCAUGAUGAAACGCUUGGUACCCUCAGGUUUGUGAAAUAAGUUUGGUGGUUGAGUUGAACGUUUUUAACAGAGUGUUGAUGACACAGAUAUUAGUGCAUGGUGGCCUGGCUUCGGCUCGUGUGAUAUACAGUCGAUUAUAAUUUCCUCUUUGUUGCAUGUGAGAAGCGCGCUUGACUUCAAAAAACAACAGCAUUCACAGUACUUGGGUUUCAUCCUGUAGUAACACUGGAUCAAUAAGAGAUAGAUUUUGCUGCGCAUGCAGCUUGAGGAAGAACAGUUAAGAAUUGGUGGGGCUAUUCACUAUAAAUAUAGUUCAUUUAGUUUUGGUUCCACUGGGAAAAAUGUGAAAUCCAUACUAUAUGACAUUACCAAUUGCGCCACUGAAUCCAUACUUUCUCCAUACUAUUUCGAUACUAUAUAUCCAUAUAGUACCAGGUGAUCUCGUGUUCGUAUUUUAGCCAAUCAGCGCUCAGAAAGGGUUGUCCGAAUAGAAAUCCAUUUUGAUGUAUUCAGUCAAUUAUAUCUUUCAUUAUUCUUUAUGAAACUAGUUGAAAUUUUGUAAUUAUGUUUGGUUAUGAGAACUAUAGCUCUGACAAAAAUAUGGAAUCGAAAUAAAGUAUAUUACAGGAGACAUUCAGUUGUUUUAAUCAUAAAAUGGAUUUCUAUUUGACAACUAGUGCCAGUACUUUUCUGCGUAUCAAGAUCACCUGGAUGGCAAUCUACAAUUAUUAUGGAUAAUCAAAAUCCAUUCUAUUUCCAAUAAAGGUUCAUACAAUUUCCAUUCUAUGGAUUUUCAAAUUUUUUCCAGUGUUUUUGAAAUCUCUACGUAUUAUACUAGGUAUGCAGAUCGUGCAAAGAAAAUCAAAAACAAAGCAGUGGUUAAUGAAAACCCGAUGGACAAGCUGAUUAGAGAACUCAAGGAGGAGAAUGAGAAGUUGAAGAAGUCCUUGCAAGGGGGAGGUGUACCCGAGGUGGGGGGAGGAGCAUUGAGUGCCGAAGGUGCGUCUAUUUGUUUGCGGGCUUUUGGGAUACCAUGCAUAAAGAAUGAUUGGUUGAACAGGUCAACAUCAAAACAUGCAACCUCGUUCCCAGGCUCAACAUGGGACUCAUAUUUUUGCCCGACAAAUUAUUGAAUAUUGGAUUUACGCUCUUGAUCACACCCUCAACAAUACACGUUUUCCCCAUGAGUAUAUGAUUAUGUUUAUGAUUCUUUACUAACAGAAAAAGAGAAAAUGAAAAAGGAAAUGGAAGCUGAAAUCCGAGCACAGUUGGCUUUGAAUCAAGAAGCGAUGCAAAGUUGGGAUGAAAAGGUCAGAUAACCGAGAAAACAUUUCUACGUUAAUUAGGGCCUGUUUACCGGGAAAUAGCGCAAUCAGAGGCGGAAAAUAUUUUUUCUUUCUAGGAACCUGGGUUUAGGGCUCAAACGUUUCUGCAAAAGAUUACAAUAUUAAGGCCCAUUUCUACUCAUGAAAAUGUUUCGCAGAAAGAAAAUUUUGUAAAUCGUGAUUGGCCGACACAAAUUUUCCGUCGGAAAACAUUUUGAAGUUGAAAAUUUUCAACUUUUAACAAUUAUAUUUUCGGAAAAUUCUCUGUCCGUGGAAAUGGACCUUAAUGUUAUAGGGAUGCCUGGAACUCUGUGUUGAUGUGAUUUGAUAAUCUUUUAGUUGGAGAAAUCUCGAAGUGAGGAAGUGAGUGAUUCGUCUCAAUCAAAAAUUGCUGAUAUUCCUCAUCUUGUCAACUUGAACGAAGAUCCAAUGUUGUCUGGAGUGGUCCGACAUUUCCUUGAAGGAGGUAAAGCAGCCAUAUUUGAUAGCUGAAGUGUUGGUGAGACCACGUAGUUCGAUUUCUGAAGUUGUUUGUUAAUGUCUUGUUUUCCUUUUGGUGAAACAAGGAAGAACAACUUUUGAGGUAUUCAGGAAAUAUCACAGAGCUUGCGAAUUGCUGUUUAAAAAAAACGUGGCCAUCUAAAGUCAAACGUGACCGUCCAUACAGAACGGCUGCCCGGCUAAAUACCUGGUUGGACAUCCUUCAUUUUACGAAGCAAAUAACUUAUUUUCAUUAUAUCUUAUUGCAGAGGAGAUGACGAUUGGCAGAAAAGAUGCAGACCCUGCUCCAACCAUAACGCUUAGUGGAUUAAGGUAUAGUUAUGUACGAUAUAUAGUUUUUUUGUCUUAUUGUCGAUUUCGAGUCACUUUUCAACGCGCGGAUCCCAAGUUUUUUGCGUACUUACCAAUUACGUUUCCAUGUUCGAAAAUGUGGCGUGAACUUCGCAACGAAGUUCGCAAGUACCAUUUCAAUGUUUGAACCUCGUUCGUAAACAAAUGUUUAUAGCUCAAUAAUAAUAACCAAAUCAAUGAAAUACAAACCUUUGGAACGUUCCUUUGCAAUUGUUAAUUUGAACUGGAACUGUGAACAAUUGUUAUACUACUGUAGAAGUUCGAACAUUGAAAUGAACUGCGAACUUUGUUGCGCCCAAUUUCCGAUCUUGGAAAUUUAUUUGGCAUGUUCGCAACAAAUUUGGGAAGUACGCGUUGAAAAGUGACCUGGAAUCGACAAUAAUGGAUUAACAAUAUAUAGCAAAUGGCUUUUUAGUAAGUGAUGAUUCUAUCAUGUGCCAUUGAUCAAGUUUUGUUUUCCGUACAUUUUAGUAUUCAAAAGCAACAUGCGGUGAUUACGGUGAAAAACGGUGAGAUUACAAUCAAGCCUGCAGCACAAGGUGCUAAGACGAAGGUGAACGGAAUGCCUCUGCCUGGCGAACGUGUGUUGAAACAUCUUGACAGAGUUUUAUUUGGUAAGUAUGGCACACUCGAAAAGAUUGUUAAUCAUGCUUGCUUGUUAAAACAAUGAUAGCAAACACUGCAGAUUUUCUUCGGGUGUUCCUGUUUCCUCCAGUGAUAAUAGUGAACCAAUAGCCGUGGAAAUGUCAGAGAUCGGAGCAGCUUUUGAAAGGAACAGGUUAUUACGCUCGCUUCAGAGUGACGAAACGUAACAAAGCGACGGUUUUACUAGCACUAACCCAAUUCCAAACACCAACUCUAAUCAGUGGCGAAGCCAACCCGACAAUUUUUUGGUCAUGCUAUGCAAAAUUUAAAUCAUUAAUUUCUUUAGAAAUUGAUUAUUUUCACGGUCUAUGAACACUGAAAUAUUUGCAUAGCAUGACCAAAUUGUCGGGCUGGCUUCGCCACUGACUCGUACCUAAAUCUACUCCAAGUUUGUUUCUAAACCAAUCUUGAAGAAAAAAGUUUUGUCGAAAUGUCAUUCUGAGCUCAGCAAACUAACCUUUCCCUUUUCGAAAACUCAGAGAACUGAAAACUCAGAGAAGAUGGUGAAUCAGGGUAACCCUUUUCCUUAAACUAUUUCAGGCUCAAAUCAUCUCUACUACUUGGUCAAUCCGAAGAACUCUGAAAAGAGCGAAGGAUCGCCUGAUGAAGUGGACUGGAACUAUGCGCAGAAGGAAAUGGCUGAAGCAACCGGUUUUCAAACUGGUUUUGGAAGUGGAUUAUCGAAAGGUAUUUUGUGUUUUAUUCAAUUAAUUAGCGAAGGCCCUCCGUCACUUGGCUACUAACGUCCACGAAGGGCCUUCUCUCGAAACGUCGACGUUUUCCUUGUCUUUGUCAGGUCCUGUAGUUGCAUCCCUAUCAAUCCAAUUUAAGCUCCCUGCUAUUUCAGUUCACCUGGAAAAAAAUUGUGUUAAUUGUUAGAGUUCUUUCCUCUGAUUUGCUAUAUAUGCAUGAAUGAAGCCAGUGGUUAACAAGCUACACACGUAAAAACGCACAAGUUGUAACAAACCUGCAGCAGACUUGUAGCAAUGCUGUUCCAACAACUUGUCAACAGAAUGUGUUCGCACUUGGCAACGGCUUGUUGACAACUUGCUACAAGGUUGUUGAGUUCAACAGACUUGUUACAAGUUGUUCCAACAAUUUGUUAUCGUCCUGCAAUUCAACAAGUUGUGAGUGACAAGCUUGUAGCAACUUGAUAAAAUAACAGCAUUGUUAGAACUUGUUGACAAGCUUGCUACAAGUCUGUUGCGAACACAUCUUGUUAACAAGUUGUGAGAUUUUUACGUGUGUAGCCGUGUGACACCGGUGUUCACUAAUAUGCUAGCUGUUCAACCUCGUGCUGGUUGCACAUGCGCGUUCGUAUAUGUAUCUACAUGUAUCCCAACAAACACCGCGGAAAAACGUCUGCGCAUGCGUCAACCUUACCUGUAAUAGUAUUGCGAACUUGAUGAGAAGCUGUUCCGAACGUUUCCGAAGGCUCAAAAUGGCGGUAAAAAGGAGUGACUUCAUUGUGCGUCUUUACAGCCAGAUUUCGAGCGCAAAAAUAAACAUGUCAUUCUAAAAACGAGGAAUAAAUACAGCCAGAAGAUUCAAGAAAUUGUAUUGUGCAAGAACAUGAACUAAAGGUGAUUGUUGACAAAUUUAUCGUCUGAAACAUUUUGUUUAUCAACUAAGCAACGACAAUUUCCGAAUUUUCGUUUGAGAUACAUUUCUUUAAAAAAAACUGUGUCGCCAAAUAUAAAAAAUUUUCGUGUUCACAAUAAUUAAACUUUAGGAUUUAUUCUACAAUUUGAGUGGGUUAAGAAGCUUAACUUUUCGAGAGUUUUCUUAACUUUUUAGUUUGAAUUUUUGUUUUGAAUAAUUUUGCGAAUAAUUUUGCAAAAAUUUUCGAAGUCGUAUCCGUUAAAAUCAACAAUUUUUUACAUGAAUUAUAUUUCAUUCCAUACUUUAAAUGCCAGGACGCUUUCAAUUAAUGUCUAGUCUACCCAUUUGCUAUAUUUUCUCGUUUGUUUUACUAAUUUUUGACCAAUUAAUAAGCAAGUUUUUGUUUUAGAAAUUGAUAUUCAAAUUACCCGCCAUAUUUUCAUAAUUUGGUGCAUGCGCAGACGUUUUUCCGCGGUGUUAUCCCAACAUGUCUUUGCUUGUGAAUUCUAGAUCAACAACUUGCCCAAGAACAAGUGUUGGAAUUGUUACCUUUGGUUGGUGAAGCAAAUGCCAUCAGCGAGGAACUCGAUAAACACAAGUAUAUGAAAAACUGAAUUUUGUUUUGAAUUCUUGAGAUAUUAUCUUAUUAUUAUGCUCUUAUUAUUUUAGGAACUUUGAACUGGUGCUUAUAUCUGGUGCAGCUCAAGGAAAUCUAAGUGGAAACACAAAGUACGUAGAUGGUGCAAAUUGAUUGUGCAAAUAUUUCUUGUAUGAUGUCAUAACGAAAAGGAGUUUAUUAUAUGCAGUGAUAUGGAACAAGCAUAUUGAACAUUUGUUUCUUGUAGGGUAAUGGUGAAAAUGACUGAUCUUCUCAAUGGAAAUUCAUGGCUGUGGGAUCGUGGAAAGUUUAUGAAUCGCCGAUAUCUCAUGCAGGUAUGCAUGCACUCUUUAUAUAAAUAACAUCAAGCACCAAGGUGAUUAAGGCUUGUGCGUUCCAACUCAUUUUAUUCCGGACAAGCAAUUUUACUGACUUGUCUUGUUGCUCUCACGGCAAGCGGUCAAAUAUAGUUCAGUUGCACUGCUAUACGACAAACUAAAGGUAUCAACAUUUCUUCAUUUAGGAUCUUUAUCAAAAAUUCUUGGACGGCGAUGCGGGCGUGGCAAAUAUUCCCCACGAGGAAGAUCCAUUCUGGGAACCUCCUGAGGAUACCCUGGUUGGAACUGCCAAUGUUUUCUUGCAAAGUUUGGCUUAUGCUUUGGAUUUCGAUGAUAAACUCAGUGUCACUGACUACAAGGUAGUGUAUAUGAUACUUAUGAUCAAGCUUUUUAAUGUGAAAAUAUUCCCAGAGGGUGGGAUGAUAAGUUUCUUAUUUGUUUCAUUUGCUUUUGUGCAGGGUUCCGAGCAAGCAUCUCUGUAUGUGAAUGUUACGCCGUGCAAUCAAAGCGGGAAGUCGUUAGAUGAAGAUUAUUUCGUCGAUGACACGAAGGAAUUAUUGGGCAAACCUUAUCAUUAUAAGGUUGGAUUAUCAAAUCAAUAUAUACGCAUGAAGACUAACGCCAGGGACUCUGUUUGUGGCGACCUUAUACACCCCUAGCCAAUAAUCUUGCGCGCGCUCAGCUUAGCCAUUGAUCUCCAUAAAGUACCUUGAUUUCCUCUUAAGUACUGGGAUUGAAGUUUUCUUGGUUUCCCGUUGAACGAGUUUGUCAAAACUUAGGCUCAAACUUUAUAGACUCGCUUGUUCAAACGAGUCUAUUUCUCAAAGGUAUUCCUCCUAAUUGUGGCAGACUAGAUAUGAAGGUUCCUAAACAAUUUUUAAAUGUAAAAUAACUAAGUUCACCACAAAGCAAACUCUAUCGCAAUUAUCGCCGAUCUGACAUUAUCGCUUUAUCUAGGUAACAAUUCGUACAGCAGAAGUGCACAACUCGCGCUUUUCAAAAGGAUUAUACGUACAAUACAAGACAUACGACCAGUCAGAAGAAUACACAAAGUCACCUGUUGUCAAAGACUGUUUAUCUCCAGAGUUUAAUUAUUCUACGAUCUUCUCAUUCCCUGCCAUCAGAGAUGAGCAUUUGGAGUGGUUCGAUACUGGAUGUAUAACAUUGAUGAUGUAUGCGAUACAAGAGGACUCCCUGGCUGAUGCCAGACUGUCCAAAAUGACUACAAAGGUACAGUAGGAAGUCUGAACAUUAUUUUCAGUGAAUCACAGUAGGUUAUUAACAGUUUAGCUAUAAUAUCAGUCGUUGGGAAUAGCAAGCCUCCCCCAGUGAGCUCCAUAUAUAUCUGGAUGGAGAACUCGAGUCCAAAAAGUGAAGGCAAGAUGGCGCAACUUGAAGAAGUAUAGGACGUGAGUUCCAGUCCCUUUCUAUUGUUUUUGUCUGCGCGGUUAACGAAACUGGCGAGGAGUGUGCCGAAAUUUCGAUCAGAGCUUCACUCGAUCCUGUAAGAGUUAAUGGAAACAGUUCUCAGUUCCUUUGUUGAAACAGGGUAUACUUCUCAGGAUUCAAGGUUAUAAUGUUCCAAAAGAAGGUCAUGGUCAUUUUAAUUCUUAGAUUUUACCGUUUUUCUAGGAAUUGCGACAAAUGGACCAAUACAAAAGGACGGAUGGUAAUCCUUCUCUGAGAAGAAGUGUCUCAACCAAAGUGGAAGGAAGCAAUGAAAUUGCUCAACUAAAAUCUGAAAUUAUUUUACUGAAACGACAGAAUGAACGAUUACUGAAGAAAGAGAAACGAUUACAGGUAACAGAUCUCGACUUGUGGAGUUAUACAAAUCGCUCAAAAGAUUUUCCACUCCUUCCUAACUGUGCACGUCAUGUUAGGUGCCUUGGUGAUACUGUAGUUAGUAAUUGUGGGGUUGUGUGCCUUUCACCUCCGUUUCUUGUUGUGCCAUUAUAUUUUUAAAUAUAUUUUCCCUCAGGCACUUUGUGAAGAAUGGGCUAAAAAACCUGUUGCUGAGCAAGAGUUUGCUGCAUUUCAUCGUCAAGUCUCUGCCGCGGCCUAUCACCAGAGCGGACGACUCAAAUACAGAGUACAUAUGUUGCAAGCGGUAAGUGAAACUUGGAUAUUUUGCGGUAUACGAAAAUUUACUUUUGUAUUGUCAAUAUGGAGGUUCAGAUUUAACUUCCACUCCUACUGCCGCUACCAUUAAGUAACCAUUAACCAAUCAGAUGCGUUUGAUAUAUUCGAUCAACCAAUCAGAUGCGUACUAAGCCAGUGAGAGAGGUAGCGGUAGCGGCAGUGGAAGUCAAAUCUGAACCUCUCAAAUGUAAAGUUUUCUACAUCAUGCUUCUUCAGGGCAAUCACAGAGAAAACAGUUUACCGAGGGAAGGUCUUGAAUUGAGAAAGCCCUGCUAGUCCAGAGGAAAAGUAAAAAAUCAUGCACUUUGUGAAAAAAGCACCAAAUUCACACGAAGUGUAGACUUUAAUAUGAUAAUGAAUCUUAGAUAUGGAGGCAUCACCAAAAUUGAUGCUGGCGGCUUAAAAUUUAGGAUUUCUUAUAUUCUCUCAUUAAACUCUAUUACUGUUUAAAAUUGUGAAAUUGCAGGUUCACAUAUAGCAAAAAUGACGUGCAUGAUUAGAAAGCUUACAAAAAACUACAUAUAAGACUUUUAAAUGGCUGAUUGAUUUUCCAAGCGGUUUUCCAGUUAUUGCUAUUUAAAAACGUGAUAAAUAGGCAAUAAUCCCGCCAAAGUCCUGGACACUAGCCCUAAAACAUAUAUUCAACCGCUCAUAACUCCAGAGGAGUUGGAAAAUCAAAGUAACUGCUUAAAUGUCUUAUAUGCAGUUUUUUGUAAGCUUUCUAAUGACGCAUGUCAUUAUUGCUAUAUGUGAACCUGCAAUUUCACAAUUUUUAAUUGUAUAAGAGAUUAAUAAGAGAAUAUAAGAAAUCCUAAAUUUUAAGCCGUCAGCAUCAAUUUUGGUGAUGCCUCCAUGUCUAAGAUUCAUUAUCAUGUUAAAGUCUACACUUCCUGUGAAUGUGGUGCUUUCUUCACAAAGUGCAUGAUUUUUUCAAAUAUCUGUGCAUAUCCGCUGGACUAUGCAGAUGAGAUUGCAAAACAUACUUUCAUAUUUUCCUGGUGAAAUAGGGUUAAAUCAUGACCAUACUCAUUUAUCAUCGCCAUUUGCCCAUCCCCUAAGGCAUACGUUAAAAGAUCGCCCAUAUUCCUCUCUUCACAAUGAAUCAAUAUAGUUAUAUAAUAUUCAGUUUUUCUGGGGAAAGGCGAAACCGCGAAACAACUAUCAAUUAUGAAAGACAUGAAACUUCACUUUUAAAUUUUUUCCACUGCCUGGGUUUUGGUGGUUAAUACAGAGCCACCUUAAAUGACAUACUUGUUAGGGAUAAGAGUUUAGAUAAAACUGAUUGAAAAUAAUAUACCCGAUUGAUUGAUUGAUUUUCAAUAUCUGCUCUUUAAUCAAUCUUUCAGUUACUAAAAGCUCAGCCAACCGUCGAAGCCAAUGGCCAGGCUAAACUUGAUGGACCGAAGAAAACGGCCGCGGGUAGUCGCGCGUGUGUAGUCAUGUAAUCUCGCGAGAAACGCGCAUGGGGAAAGUACAUUAUUGCGCAGGUCAUUCACACAGCGAAUGACACAAACAGUCAUAAAUUAUUUUUGCGAUGUAGCAUAACACAUCUAACAUAGUAUUUAUAGCAAUGACCGCACAUUUGUAAGUUCACAGUGAACAGCCCUAGCACUUAUUUAAAGAAUCCUCUCCAAAAAAGAUGCUCAAAUGUGAACAAUGGCGUUGGAGCAAGUGGACUCUAGUAUUUUUAAAUCACUAAUAUAGACAGCUAAGUAACAAAGAUGGAACUCUGAUGUCACUUAUUGGUUCUUGCAGCAACGCUAAGAGCUCGAAAAAGGCUCCAUCUAAUUUUGAAGCUGUUUCGGUUUCCAUUUUUGGGGACAAGCUACCACAGAGCCUGUCACGCUGGCUAGCAGUAGAUGGCAAUUUUCACUCCGAUUUUUUGACGCUGUUAAAUUCUGCUCAUUUUUCUCAAGUAGGUAUAAUGUUUCGUUCAGAGUGUUUUUUUUGAACCUGUAAAUGACGUAAUAGUAGUUGACGCCGCUUGUUCAAUCUCGUACUCAGAGCAUACACCCGUUCGCAGGUUAGGUAUAGGCAUGCUCUGGGUUCGAGAUUGCCGCAUAUUCUUCAUCCAUUUGGCACUUAUGUAUAAUACAUUAAUAUAUAUAAUCCAUUCACGAAUGUUAGAUUUGAUUUUGUAUGAAAGAAAAAACAAACGCACAAUGCACAGUGUCUAUCUGUUCCAUACUCAAUCGAGAUAUGAACUGCAUGGACACUCGACAAACUUCAAAGCGUCUAUAAUAAGCAAUGGUUUUUUGUCGAGACGACUUAAAUCUUCUUGUUAAUAUUUCAGCAAUAAAGGCUGGUUUACACUAUCAAAGUUUCUGUGAUCACAGUAGGAAUUUUGCAUCGGUAAAUUCUACUUUUUUAAGGAUUUGUAAGAAAUGUUUGAGGGAACUAGCUACUGACUCGGU